CGUGACCGGUGGACGCUAAAUUCGAAAUCAGUAAUCAUAUGUUUUUUAAUUAUGUCCACACAUCAGUUAUUUUAUGCACUAAAUCGCGAGGAUUUAGAUCAUGCCCGACAGUUAUUGGAUGCUGGUGUCGAUGUCAACUUUGUGCUGCCCGAUGAAGGCGUGGCACCGAUGCAUCUGGCUGCUGGACUUGGUACACAGGCAAUUAAACUGCUACUAGAAUAUGCAGCUGACCCAAAUAUCAGGUCAACAGACGGCUACACACCGCUUCAUAUAGCUGCGACGUGGGGAGAAAUUGAGAAUGUUCGCCUGCUGCUCUACAGUGGAGCUGACCCUCACGUCCGGGAUCAGGAUGGUUUCCAGCCCGUUGACGUUGCGAAAACGUACGGCCAUAAUGACUGUGUGUGCCUCCUCAAGUAUUACAGCCUGCUGCUUUUCAACACAGAAGUGGAAGAUGACAAACCCAAAUACAUUAGAGAAAGCAUGGAUAAUCUCUCUUCAUGCAGAACGCCCAUUCCCAUGGUGAACAUCUGCAGGGACAACAACGUGGCGUGUGACAUCGCGUCAGAGAACUGGAACAACCACAACUGCAUUCACUCACCUCCAAGCAGCUACACGGACGUCUUUCAGCGACACUUCUACGACUGUGUCCGACAGGGCAAGAGGAUCUUCAUGGACGUCACGUCACCGCACCAUCCGACCAUUCACACCAGGGAGUCACCGCAGUGCUCUGUUUCUGACGGCGGAAAAUACCCGUGGAACAGAGGACCUUGUUUGAGCAGGCGGAAAACAAUGAAAAUUCUCGAUUCCGGUUUGCCUGUGGUGUCCGAAGUGCCCAGUCGUCACGUUUAUGAGUAUCACGACGCAGCUGGGAAUACUUGUAGCCUGAACAAGGUUAAAACCGAUGGUGCGAAUUAUCAGAGAAACGUAGCGUGUAACUGUGACAACAUGAACAGUCGCGGUCUGCAUCUCCAAGAACAGUCACCACGUUCUGUCUGUGGUACCAACAGAAAAACGUGUCCCCAGAAGCCUUGCCAAACAUGUACUUGUCAGCCAGUGGCGUUUUCACCAGACCACAGCUGUUUUGAGAUGACACAUCAGUGCAGAAAUAUGACGCCGCGUCAUAAGCACCAAACUUUGUGUUUACAGGUCCAGGGUCAAAAACAAAAACAGGCAUGCCAGUGUGGUGAAGGUUGCUUCAUUAAGUCAUCGUGCGUUGAUAACAUGGUAGAUAAAACAAGGACCCUGAAGUGUGAGCCGGGCGUUGGCACCCCUCCAAGUCGGUUCCUGCUCGACACUUUAGAGAGAGAGACUCCUGAGGCAAAAUUAGACCGGUGGCAUUCGUCAGGCCUGUUCAAUUCAAAACAAGUAUAUGAAAUAAAACCCAAGAGUAACAAGUGGUUUCAACCAUUGGUCGAACCUGUGAAUACUUCUGAGACGGAAUCGAGAGAAUAUACUGUUCAACCAUUAAAGGAACAUUCAGACACUUCCAACCAAGUGUUGAGGCAGUCGACUGUUAAUGAACUACUUUUCCAGUAUUCUGAAAGUGGCGAACCGGUUUGUUUUGAUGUCACGUCACCCAAUCAUCCUUUUGUUGAUAAAAAGUCUUCCCAAGUUAAUGACUCCACAAUGUUGUCUACCUUCAACUCUAGUAAUUCAUUGUUUUCAGAAUCACUGAACCAUUCCAUAAAUGCUGAACUCAGUACUCUAGAAGAUUUGUUACCCACAGGCUCUCCUAAUUCUUCUCCAGUAAACGAUAGAAAACCUCCAGUUCAUCCUGGGAAAAAUUCUGUCAUGAAAAACAAUGCAUGCAAAAACAGUAAUAACAUUCCAUUCAGAAGUUAUGAAAUGAAAACCAGUCCACAUUUGGAUGGAAGGAAACGUACUCUUGUCAUUGACAAUCAGUUGGCACUGCAUCAAUUUUUGAGUAGCCGUCAAAAAGGAAGUGGCUGCCAACAGCAAGCUGAAUUAUGCAGUGAAGAAAAAGAAAGUGGAAUCAGCAGCACAGAUCAUGUUAAAACAGACUCACUGACAAAUGCAGGUGAGAAGGAAGAAUUGCUAAGACAUGGAUGUGACAAUAGACACACCCAAGGUGAACAUACCGAAAACACUGUUGAUGUUAUCAAUGAUGGAGGCACAAGUGAUGAUUUAAACAGAAAAGAAGACCAUGACAGAUGCAAAUACAAUUUAGCAAAAUCUAAAAUAAACCAGAAAGCAUCUUUUUCAAAGGAUUCCAAAAAUAAUCUUGGAAACGGAAAAGAUUAUGAUAGCUACAAAGACUUUUUGGCAGAAUCUAAAAUAAACCUGAAAUCCACCCAUUCUGAUGCAUCCAAAGGUGACAGACUUGCCAGCAAUGAUCAUGAUAAAGACAGAAAAAUUCUAGCUGAAUUCAAAAGUGGCCAGAAACCCCUCCUUUCUGAUAAACCUAGAGAUACUUCAUGCAGAAGACUCUUCAGUCUAGAUCCUGGAAGACACAAAGACAUUGUAGUUGAAUCUGAAACAAGUCAGAAAUCAGGCUUGUCUGGAACACUUCACAACAAAGACCACAAUAAAGACACAAACAUUCUGACAGAAUCUGAAACUAACCAGAAAUCCUCUCUUUCUUACGAGACCAGAGAUGCUGCCUGUAGAAGACUUUUCAGUCCAGACCAUGAUAAAUAUGUGAACGUUCCAGUAGAAGGUAGACUUGGAAGUAAGAAAGAUUUGAUACAUGGAGAUUCCAAAGACAGGAACACGAGAGAGAGUGAUGUCUCUUCCUGUGACACAUUCAUGACCUGCCAGGAUGACACAGAGUUCACCAUGGUUACCCAUCUGAAUGAACACUCCGAACCAAAUGUUAAGAUCAGCAUCAGCACUGCUGGUGAUUCUGAAAUAAGCAGACUCCCUGAGGAAUGGAGAGAUUGUCAAGAAGGUUCUACAGCUUACAAUGAUACACUGACUGGGUUGUCCAUGUCCUGUAAAAAUGACAACACAAACCAUACAGUGGAUGGGUCAUGGACUCAUCAUGAAUGGGUUGCCCCAGAUCCAAAUGAUGAUGUUCUCGGUGAAAGUGAUAUCAUGACAUCUGAUGAGAGUUUCAUGAAUCACAUCAGUAGAAAUAAUUUUUCGUGCAAAGUACAUUGUGGUUUACCGCCAAGAGAGUCGGCUUGCUCAAAUGACAGGAAACACAAAGCCUUUACUGUGAACCCUGCCAGUCCGGACAUGGAAAAGACUCCAACAAACCCUGAUGGUGGAAAUAAAUCACUGAACAAUAAGAAUGGAGUUCUUUCACCAAGUAGAACCUCAGACUCUCUUCAGAAUCCUUCAACAGGUGCUCCUCAAUCAAAUGCAGACAGACAAAAGACACCAGUGAUGUUAAAAAAGCAGUUGUUUCUUGGCACUGAUUUCGGAUUCCAGAACACACUAAGUCAACAGCACAAAUGGCAGGCACCACAGCACCUAGAUAACGAUGAGUCGGACCUGAUGACUUCUGAUGAAAGUUUCCUGUUGCGAAAUGAGAAGCUAGUGGAAGCCCCUUGUGAGAGUAUUGAGGAUCUAGUGAACACAUUCGGCAAAGUGGGUGUCCAGUCAACUGGAAAAAAAAAGGUCGAUGAUCUUAAUGUGUAUGCAAGGGGUCUGUCUAAGGACAAGUUUACAAGGGAACUAUCUACGGCGAACAUUACAAAAGGACCAUCUGAAAAUAUUUCAAUAGGAUUAUGUAAUAAUGUUUUGGGGAGACCAUCUAAAGAGAAUGUUUUGGGGAGACCAUCUAAGGAGAAUGUUUUGGCGAGACUAUCUAAAGAGAAUGUUUCAAGGAGACUAUCUAAGGAGAAAGUUUCAAGGGUACCAUCAAUCAAUAAUAUUACAAGUGGACAAUCAAACGAGAACAUUACCAGGAGACAGUCUGAGGAGAACACUACACUAUCUGCACCAUCAGCUCAGUCUGUUUUGAACAGACGUCUCUCGGCGGUGACCGGAUUGUCCAUCUCAUCCUCGCCUGACACGCUUGACGUCGGCUUCUGCAGACGCAGCUCCCUGGACAGCAUCUACAGCCACCUGUCGUGCAAGGAGUACGUGUACCGGGACACAGACACCGGCGUGGUGCUCAUCGAGAGACACAUCCCCUCCGACUACGAGGGCAGCAGCAUCGACCGCCAGUCUUUCAGCAGCAGUGUGUUCAGCGUGCAGACCGUGGACUCCCAGGACACGGAGAUCUAUGAUUGGAAGGCUUACCAGUCGGAUUGCAGCGAGUCGAAGUCAUGCCAGUCAGAUUGCAACGAGUCGAAGUCUUACCAGUCAGACUGCAGCGAGUUAACAGCAGAUGGACGGGGAGUGAGCGAAAGGAAGAUGAUGCCACCGCAGUUGCCGACUUCUGUCCCGGAAUGUCUGUCCCAGCUGUCAAACAACGAGGUGCGCGACAAGUUGAAGUCGCUGGGUGAUGACCCGGGUCCGGUUGUUCCGUCCACCAGACAGCUGUACCUGGUGAGACUCGCCACCAUCCAGGCAGACCCACAUCUCGUGCAGCACGUGAUGAAGUUGACCGACUCUGUGCCAGGUUAUUCUCAUGAACUGCGACUGGCUCUACAAGACAACCUGGAUCUCUGUGACAUGGAUGAGCUGGAGGUGAAGAUGGUGGCCCAGUUUGAGAACCCUCAGGGGCGGAAGUGGCGCGAGGGAACCAUCAAGUCGUCAUUCAACUACCUGCUGCUCGACCCCCGGGUCACCAAGAAUCUGCCGCUCAGAGCCAAACACCUAGGUGACCUUGAAACAUUCAAGAUCUUCAUAGCUGCCAUUUUCUACGUGGGGAAAGGGAAACGAUCGAGGCCGUACUCGCAUCUGUACGAGGCGAUCUCUCACAUGCAGACACCUAAACCUAAGACUAGUUCAAAAGUACAGCACAUUGUCGACAUCUGGCAGGAGGGAGUCGGAGUGGUGUCCCUCCACUGUUUCCAGAGCACCAUCCCGGUGGAGGCCUACACACGUGAGGCGUGUAUGGUCGAGGCCUUUGGUUUACCGAAACUGACCAACAUGAAGAAAGGAGACUUCUAUGGCACUGCCUGUUCGUGGUCUCUGAAGCAGAAACGGAAAAUGGGUGUGUUCCUUUUGAAAAAGGCACUGCAGAUUUUCCUCAGCGAUGGUGAACGACAGAUCUGUCCUUAUGACAUAAAACAAGGCCAGUGAUGUGCUACAGGAUCCUCUCUAUAAUCGGGGGCAGCUGCACACCAUUCACUCAUUACAUUACAUCAGAUAUGUUGACCGUAUUGCAAGUGCUGAUGUUUCUGGGUCACUUUCACAUUGUGUAGCCUUCAGUAUUAUAAAAUACAGGGAAAUCCAGAGAGACAUUCUUAAGGUGAUAAACUCACUAAAUAAAGUCUCAAAGACCAAAAGUCUGGCUGAAAGGAAACAGACUGGUGAAAUGAAGUCCAAUUGAGAGAUUCCGGAAGUUGUCUGGAGAGAUAUUAAGUCCCAAAGAGACUCCGUGGUCUAGUGGAUAAGCUUCUGGACAAUGAAGCUGACGACAGUGGUUCAAAUCCCGUCAAAGUUGGUCACACAUUCAUUCAUCUUUCUCAUAUAUCG